GGAAGACUUGUGUUUUGGAGGUAGAGGAUCUCGAGUCGGUUUGCAUCUUCACGUCCACUGCAAGUACAGUCGACGACGCACUCUUCUUGGUGACCGGACGAAGGACAAUUCAUCUCCUUCCAUUCGAAACUUCCCUUUUCCCUCCUCUGGGCCGAUCGUGCAGUUGUUCAUUAAAAGUGGUCUUUUCACGUUCUGGAUUCGACUGCAUAAAAGCAACCGGGAAACUAUAGCAAUGGCAGGCUACUAUUCUAGUCAACGAGGAUAUGGUGGCUCUUAUGGCCCUUCGUCGUCGUCAUCAUCCUACACAUCGUCACUGCGUAGCAACUACAUGCCGGCGUCGUAUUGGAGCGAUUAUCAUCCUUCUGCAUAUUCGUUCUAUCCGCGCGCAUCCAUCUAUUCGGUGUCGACUCCUCGGCAUCACCGUCCCGCUAAGGUGUACUUCCACCAUCUACCAGGAAUAGGCAAGGCGCAAACGUAUCACGGAUCCAUCCCGAGGAUCGCUCAUCAACGUUUGACACCCUCGGCCCCACCGUCCAUGUUUUCCGUGCCGAUAUCGGCCCAUCGUAUGAGCGCACUCUAUUCGGACGCUGUAGAACCAAUCCUGAUUCAAGUAGUGCCCAAAUAUAAUCCCGCUUCCUAUUUGGAGGAUACGUUCGCAACAUCGAUGCAAGAUAUCCAAGAUGAUAUGCGCAAUUGGCGUUAUGCAGCCUCGACCGUCCUCAAUCGCUACACGCCUGUUAAUAAUUACCACAUGGAACCGUCUCAGUUGGCUGGCCGCAACUCGGCUCGCUAUUUGAGUGGCAGUAGCGACUACGAGAGGGCCAGUUCCAGCUCGUACUUUCGGCCGUCGUCGUUGAGGUCACGCGAUUCAUCCAUGUAUGAAUCGCCUUCCUAUGAUUCGCGUCACUCCAUGUACUUGUCCAGCCGUUCCAGCAGGGACUCCGAUAGCUACAGAACCACCAUCGGCAAAGGUCAUUUGGCAUGCAUUUCCUAUGCAGGACAUUACCCGCAGUCUAAACGCAGCACUCCAAAGUACUCGGAUGAUGACAGCAAAAUCAAAUGCGGAAUCUCUUUCCUGUCUCACUACAUCCGCAGUUCACGACGGGCACACAGUACCGGACCAGUUGUGUACACGACGAGGGAUCAGCGAAUGGCACGAAGGGUUUCGGCGCGGAAACGCAUCAACGAGAAAAGGGAUCCCGAACGCAUCGUGGAUCGUGUGAACAAGAAGGUGGCCCAGGCCAACGAAGAGAUUGCCCGAAUUGCGGCCGAGGAGCGCAAGGCGCAGAUGAUCACCAAAUAUGACGACGAACCGGAAGACGAGGAUCCAUGGGCUUUGCCAGUUGAAACGGAAUCUUCUACUGUUGCGUUUGCCGAUGAAACGCAACCGGAAGACAACUACGCGGCCGAAGUUGAGCCGGAACCGGAGCCCGAACCCGAACCCGAAGAAGAGGUGAAAGAAGUGAAGAAGAAGAAGAAGAAGUCCAAGGUUAAGGAACCAACUCCCGAGCCGGAACCGGAACCCGAACCUGAACCUGAACUUGAUCCCGAGCCUGUUGUCGAAGAGGAAGAAAGUGCUCCAGUGGAAGAAGCACAACCGGAACCCGAGCCCGAACCCGAGCCGGAAGUAGUCGAAGAAGUUGAAAUGCCAGUACCGGAACCCGAGCCCGUGGUUGCCGAACUCGCCGCUGCCGAAGAAAGUGAGCCAGCAGCCGCUCCUGCCGAGCCGGAAGCCGCAGCCGAAGAAACUGCCGCCGCCCCCGAACAAGUUGCAGUCCCCACAGACGACAUCUGGGAAGGCGGAGAAGAUUUCAUCUUUAAUCGGCGGAAGAAUGCAGAAGGUGAGCAGGAGGUGAUAGAAGAACAAACAGCUGUAGUGGCUGAAGAAGAACAAAUACCAGCGGAAGAAGCGAUGGCCGAAGAUGUGGCACCAGAAGAAAUGGCGACCCAAGAAAUGGCGACACAAGAUGUGGCAGUAGAAGAGAUGGCGACACAAGAUGUCGCACCCAUCGAAGAAGCAACACCAGAAGAAAUGUUGGCAGAACCGCAAGAAACGAUCGAACCUGUGGCCGAAUUCACUUGGGGUGACGACGAGGAACCCAUCCGAAGGAAAGCCACAGUGGACGAAGAACAACCGGCGCAAGAAGAAGAAGAAGAAGCUCCGGUUGUUGUAAACGAAGAAGAGGAAGAAACAAACGUUAGCGUUGCUCAACCUCAAGAAGAAGAAGAAGAAGAAGAGGAAGAAGAAGAGGAAUGAAUUCAAUCGAAAUCAUUUGAGGACAUUCAAAAAAAAAGAAGAAAACAGAAAAUCGAUCAAGUAGUUUACGAACGUUCAGCGGCUUUUGUUGAAUACGUUUUUAACUUCCUUUAAGACAAAAAAAAAAAAAAAAAAAAAAAGAAGAAACGCCAUGUGUGUUUUUGUUUUUCCUUGUUUCUCCAGCAGUUUUUUUAUUGGCCAGUUUUCUUCCAAUGGCGCCUAGACGGCCGACUAUCUUAUUUUUCUGUUUUGGCAAGAACCGUAUACAUAUAUCUGCAGACGCACAUUGCACGCAACCAACCAUCACAUUACUACCGUCUCUUAUUGCAUCUUUCUUUUAUAUAAGGUAUAUAUAUAUAUGUACCAUUUUCUUGUUUUUCCUUUUCAUCAUUUCCUUCCCCUUUUUUUUAUGCACAUUUGGCGACUCUGACAUCUAUUUUGUUUGUUUUUUUCACGUCGCUUCAAAAGGUCGUUUUUAUUGUCUUCUAUCUCCCAUCUUGAAUUCUUCCAGCGCACACACACACACACAGAAUGUUUGCCGUCCUCCCCCCCCCCUGCUUUCGUUUCUUUAUUUUUCAUGUUUUGUUUUGUUUUCCCGAACGAUGUGCGAAACGCCAGCCUUUUCCGAACUCUUUGCGCAAAAGGGAGAACAAAGAGAGAGAGAUCAGAUUAUGCACGACCUAGUGUACUAUAUAUGCCAUUGAGGGGCACCAGACACGGACAUUUUCGUGAAUCGGGGACAAUAGACGACGGAGGGAAAGCUGAGAUAUUUUAUUCGUACCUUUUUUUUUUAUUUUUUUAUGUGAUUCCCGAAAGAGCGGCGUGUAGUCGAAAUCAAAUGGCAGAGCAAAUAAAAGGGAAGGCAGGCAAGACUUUUGAUGGGCUCCUGCAUUUCUCCACUAUUUACAACAGAACGAAAAAAAAGAGGGCGAGCCAGAUGACUAUUAAUCAAAAUGGACUCGCCAGACGAUAGAGUACCAGAGACUAGUCAUAGUGUCGGGCAAACGGUUUCAUCCUGAAAAAAGAAAAAACAGCAGGCGGAAUGCCAAAGACGUCAUCGUAGAUGUUUUUCCUUUUUUUUGUUUUCUCCUUUUAUUAGACCCGAACGAGCCAACAGUCGCCGAUAUUAUUAUAUUUGUUGAAAAGAACUGAAGGGGGGAAUAGAAAAAAUUAUGCGGGAUUUAUUUUUUUAUUAUUAUUAUAUUAAGUGUCUGCUGUGCGUUUGACGGAGCAGAAAAAGAGAAAAACAAAUUCCUUUAUUUUGCAGGGCCAUUUAACAAUCAAUAAUAAAAGAAAGGGCGUUUUUUGUUUGUUAGAGGGCUUCUUUUGAGGCCCAUCUCUUGAGGGGCGUGCUAAUAAAGCUCCACGCAACACGUCACUUUUAGUGUCUCGCAUCCCGAUGCCUCCCGAAAAAAUGCGUCUCCGCCUGCGAUAUAACAGCAGACAUUUCAAAAAAAAAAUAAUAAUAUUUCCUAUCGAAUUCAAUCCUACUAAGAGCGUGAUUCUUUUUUUUUUCUAAAAAAAUAGACAGACAUCACGGUGUGUUUGUGCUGCUGCAAUCGACCACUUCAAUCGUAUCAAAUGGUCCCCCUCUUGUUUAUCGAUCAGCGUCAGCAAAGACGCGGGGGGGGGGGGGAGGCCAAAGAGGAUCCUGAACGGAAGUUAUACUAACAUUUUUUCUCAGUCUAUGUCUCAUUCGCUCCCGAUUGAAACGGAAUUGUCUACCUCUCUCUCUCUCCAAUCCUUUUUGUGUGUGUGUGUGUGUGUUAUUAUAUCUAAGAUGCUCGCGAUCGUCCAUCUUGCGUGUGCUAUAGGCUGUGCUCAGUUAUGAAGUCCCGCGGGUUGUCUAUAAGAUAUCCCACAGGACUUGGUAUGCUCGUGUCUGCUGACUAUAUGUUCACAUGUAAAAAAAAAAAGCAGCUAAAAAGUAUGAUGCUAUAACUAAAAUAGACCAUUUCUAAAACUUCCCCCUGCCCUUCCCAAAAAGAAAAGAGAAUUUUCUCUUGUCCACACACACACACACACGGGGUGCUGUUGUUUCAUUCAAUAAGAACGCGCCGUUGUUGUAGAGUUUUCCAUGCCACUGACACAACUUGUGUGUGUGCCGUGUCCAAGGAAAUCUUUGUCAACCUUGGCGUUGCUCCGCUUCGUGGCGGCCUGUAAUAUCCAACGAUGGCGACUUGUACUUCACAAUAUCUAUGCACUCGCAAACACACUAGACUUGUUUGUUUUUUUCAUGCCGUUCCCAGCAACGCUGUACCCGACGUCUCUACGUUAAGGGAAAGACGAAGAAUAGAUUAUUGGAUUCCCAUUUCAAUCGAUUUUAGCAAUCCACUUUUUGUUUAGUUUUUUUUUUUUGUACUUUUCUAUAUCUUCGUGUCCAUUACUCACGACUUAGCAACGGUCUGCUUUUGUUUCCUACACUGGCGGGUGGAGGGAGACUAGUGUCGCCAUUGUUGCUCAAAUGGAGUCGGCCUUUAGAAGUUUGCGUCAUAUAAUAUCUACAACUCCUCCCUCAUAUCCAGACGAAAGAAGGAAAGAAAAAAAGCGAUAUGACUCCAUCCAUUUCUGUCCGCCAUAAACACACAUCGUCUUGCUUCGCCAUCCAGCAGUUCUCCUAACUUUUCUUUCCCCUUCCACCCCCCUUGACUGCUAUCGAAAUCAGCCAAUUAAAAAACAAAAAGACCAUCGUACUAUGGUUUUUUUUUUUUAAAGCAAAGAAACACAAGAAGAGAACCACUAAACGUUCAUACACUACAAUCGAUUUCUGUUUGAUUUUGCCGGACGCUAAAAACACUUGAAACACGCAAAUGAUAUAUUUCACUAAUUCCGCACAUUUUAUCUGAUUUUUUUUUUCGUGUGUGUGUGUGUGUGUUCAUGACUUUACGCAUAUUGUUCGAAAUUUCCACAUUUUAUUUUGUUUGCUGUGUUGCGUGUUAUAUAAACAUUUUCGACAAACCAAACGAAAAAAAAAAACACACACAAAAGAGAUACACACUUUACAGGCGACA